UGCAUGCUACGCCAGCAUUUAUUAGCGUUGCACGAGGUGUUUCGGCUUAAUGAGUGAUGUUGCGGUGUGGCGUGUAGAUACCCCGACCAGCUCCGCAAGCCGCGCUGCUCUGUUCAUGGUCACGAUGGCUGAACACGGAUUUCAUUUAUUCGUCGUGGCUUUUGCCUUAUUCACAUGCAUAUCGUUUGCCCAGGAUGAAAUUUAUGCAAGCCCUACACCUCUGGUGUCUCACUCUUGGACCACAGCCUUGUCGCCACCUUCCAUGGACACAGCCCCAGAAAUGGAGACUACUGGGGUUACCAUGGAGUCUGGUACCAUGGCAACAGAGUCGACAUCAAUCUCUCAGUUUACCUCAGACUUGGCUCCCUUGAUCACUGUCUCCAAGAACGGGAGGCCUUUCAUUGUGCCACUUUUUACACUACGGCGCACUGUGCCUACCAUACUUCCAGUGAAGUCUGCCUUCACUGAGUCUACAGAGGAGCUGUAUACAACUGAGUCACCUGUCACGCUGGGGGAAGAGCCAUUUCCGCUGGAGGAGCCCUUUCCACUGGAGGAGCCCUUUCCGUUGGAGCCCUUUCCGCUGGAGGAGCCCGUGACCGAGGAGCCCUUUCCGCUGGAGGAGCCAGUGACCGAGGAGCCCUUUCCGCUGGAGGAGCCAGUGACAGAGGAGCCCUUUCCGCUGGAGGAGCCAGUGACAGAGGAGCCCUUUCCGCUGGAGGAGCCAGUGACAGAGCCCAUCACUGAGCCUUUCCCGACGGAGGAGCCCAUCACAGUAACGACAGAGUCCAUUCCAACGGAAGUGCCUGUCACAAUGCCUUCCACCACGGUCAUAACCACUUCCACCCCAGCUACAGAGCUUACACCAACCAACAACUUGACAAUGGGCAACUACACCAUUGCAAGAGGGGGUGGCUCGUGUGUCAAGGCUCAGAUGGCCCUAAGAAUACGAAUUGCCUACAGCACAGUCUAUAGGAACAAGUCUAAUGGUACCUUCAUCAUCCAACCUGGUGAGACUGUCGCUACGGGAGGCUGCAGCAACUCCACGGCAACACUGCACCUCAAGUUUGAGGAAGGAGUGGUUUUCUUUCGUUUCCAGAAAAACGUGACCCUUGGUUUAGUCUACGUCAGCACUGUUGCCUUUGAGCUCACUUACCCUUUCGUCGAUGCAGAUCCUGAACAGGGAACCUAUAGAGCCAAGAAUGAGUCUCUGCAGAUGUUCAGUGCGGCAGUACACCAUUCCUACGCCUGCAGCAGCCAGUCCGUGUCAAUGGGACCUGGGCUCUAUCUGGAUGUGAGCCAAAUAAAGAUGCAGGCCUUGGAAUUUGACGGCAAUGAAUUUGGCCCUGAGGACCUCUGUCCUGGAGACAGGGACCACCAAAUCGCUCUGGUGGUAGGCGUCCUUGCACUUGUCGUCGUGGUGAUUGUCAUAGCGGUCUGUGUCCUCUGGAGGAGGAGGAGACUGGAUGGAUACCAACCCCUCUGAAAACCCUGGAUCCUCCACACAGUGACCUCUUCCCUGUGUCUAAUUCUGGACCUCUGCCUUGUUUUGCAGUCAUAGGCAUCUACUGCUAAUCCCUUGUCUGCUUUUACACUUUCAGCUUUGCUUUUACUGUACUGCUUGUGCCUUAGUGCCAUUUUUGAAGUUGUUGCUCUUUCAGGGCCUGGUAAUUCAAUGAAGGUUCUUGGUCCUUCAGAGGUUACUCUGUAUUACCCAUAAUUCAUCUAGUGUAAACUGAGGAUUGCUGUUCCUUGGGUGCAAAUUUGAUCUUGUAUGGCAUAAUGUGAAUAUUUGAGUGCUUAAGGCUUUAUAUCUGGGAAUGAAAUCCUCUAAGCUGUGUCCAUAGUCAUUUUUUUUGAUCCUUUCCAGGACUGGAUGUAACAUGUAUGGAAUAAAGGUCUCUCUUGGUAAAAUCAGCGCAUAAGCACAGCUGCUGCUGGUUCAACUCGCCUAAUGGAAAUAAACAUUGAAUGGUGGAGUAA